AUGUAUACAUCAUGGUUUCUAAUACUCACUUAUCUAAUUUUAAUUCUUGUAUGCACUAAAAGUGCAUCUUACAAUCCAGUUGGGAGAACGGAAUUUGGGUCUGGACUUGUAUCUAAUAAAGUCUAUUAUUAUGGUGGAUAUGAUCAUGGAGAUAAAAGAUAUAAUGACUUUUUUUAUAUUGACCUAACAAAACCAUUUUCUAGCUCUUCUCCUCAAUAUCAAUUCAUGAAAAACUUUGAUAAUUAUUAUAGGAAUGGAGCCGCUACGAUUUCUCAUUCGAAUCAAUUAUUUAUGUUUGGUGGUGAUUUUGUUAUUGGAGCUGAGAUGAACACACCACUUUUUAGACUUUGCAUAAUUCAAUCACUUUCAACGAAUCCUGAAAUCGUACCUGUCCCUGACACGCCUUCAACACCAUCUUCAAGAAAAUGGCAUACUUCUGUAAUUGACCAUAUGAACAAGAAAAUAUAUGUUUGGGGCGGAAUUACAGUAACAGGCCUUAGCAUGGAUUAUUCAUUUCUUAAUUUUACUAAAAAUAAUGAAACCAUGUAUGAUAGAAUUAUGUAUAUAUUUGAUAUCACACAGUCCGUUUGGACUUCAAAUCCUACACAAAAUCCACCUAUUGGUCGUUGCCUUCAUACAGCAACUUUUGUGCCUGAUGGGCGGAUAAUUAUGAUCGGCGGCGCCACCAAUUCAGAUGUAGGAAAGACAGCAAAAAAGAAUGGUUUCAUUCCCUCAAUUAUUCAUCAUUCGGCAACUCUUUUACCUGACAAUAAGAGUAUAAUAAUAUAUGGAGGUAGCAACGAAAGUGGAUAUUCUGGUCUAGCAAUCCUAAAUCUCUCAAGCUAUGCGUGGACAGUUAUUUCACCAACUGGAAACGCACCACCCAUAAUUUCAAGUGGUCACGAAGCUACACUUUAUUUUGACGUUAUAAUUUUUUCAUUUGGAGAAUACUUUCUUAGUAAUAAUACUCGUCAUUUGAUACAUCCUGCAAUAAGGCUUCUCAACAUUUCAAAUGGCCAAUAUAGAUGGGUUGAUUCAUACACACCACCUCCAAUUGCUACUCAAUCUUUAAACUCAAAUAACUCAAAUAAAAUUAUUAUUAUUGGAUUUCUUAUUG